CAUGAACACACAAUAAAAUAACCUUCCUCUCCAUCUUGUUUUAAUAUUUUUGUGCGUAUGAAUCCACAAUUUAGCAUGGUAUCAGAGCACCUUUGAUCUUCUUCCGCAAGAAUGACACAUGAAGAGGAAGGCCAAGAUAAACGGCCAAUAAUUCUUGGCUUUGCCCUACGGACAGAGGGAAAUAGCGCAGGAUGUGGGAUGAAGGCCGAAAAAUCUGAACUGUUUUGCACUUAUUGCAAAUAUUCCGGUCAUGAUAUUGCCAACUGUUUCGAGUUCCUCGGAUAUUCUGACCGGUGGGGUGAAAGGCCUAGGGCGGAAAGUAAAGGAGGAGGAUGUGAAAAAACAGCUAUUGGAGAACCGCGCAUUAAACUACCCGCGAAAGCACAUGCGGCGGUUACCGAAAAUGGAAAUAAAGCAUCGGUCAGCGGGGAAGGCAGCAUCGGACAGUCUACACCGUUGCCUGGUUUCACGUCCAAGCAGUGGACUACCUUGAUGUCCGUCUUUGGUAACUCGUCUUCUACCAAUGAUCGGGUGGAUGGACCGCCUCUCGAAGAGGCUGAUUGGAAUAGGUGAACAGUGAAAUGGACUGUAUUAUCUUCGUGAGGAACCUUCAGCACAUAUUUUGGCAAUAAGGGAAUCCAGGCAUUUGGAGGACGAUCUAUGGCAUCAAAGAUUGGGGCAUCCAUCUUCUCAAGUAGUUGAACAUUUGGCUCCUAUAAAUGGUAUAAGGUUGUUCAAAAUUCCCCUUGUGAUGUCUGUUUUAGGGCAAAACAAACUAGAGAUUCUUUUCCUACUAGUUUGAAAAAACACAUGGGAUUUUUGAAUUAGUUCAUUGUGAUUUUUGGGGUCUUAUAACACCCCUUCUUCGUGUGGUGCUAGACAUUUUGUGACUCUUAUGGAUGAUUACUCUCGUGCUGUGUGGGUAUAUAUGCUUAUUGAUAAAAAGGAAGUUUUUAAAA